ACCCAGCCAGCAUGAGCAGCAACAGCCCUUAUCCGGGAGGACCGCCGUCGGCGCUGCAGCCUGGAGCCGGCGGUGGGUACGGCGCCCCGCAGUAUCAGGCUUAUUCGGGCGCCCCUCCCUCUGGCAAUUCGGUAAGCUUCGACUGCCCUUUUGACUUUCUUUCUCUCUUCUUCCUUGUUGCUCUUCUUCUGCUUCCCUUGCAUCCUCCCCUCCCCCUCCUUCCAUCCGUCGCAUGACAAAAAGGACCCUGGGAUCGUCCGUCUCUCCACCUUGCUCGUCGCCUGGAGUUUUUCGCUUUAUAUCGCCGGGAUCCCGCCAACGGCGCCCCUUCCGUCGUCGCCUCUUUGUUUCCUCGCUGAUCUCGACAACAUCCCGCAACCAUGUCGCGACCUUAUUAUAACCCCCAGGGAUAUCAGGGCUAUCCGCCCCCGCGUCCCGGUUCAGCCCAGUCUCCCCAUCCCAUGUCCCCGAUGGCCCCGACGCCGCCCCCGCAGCAGCCGCAAUACCGAGCAUAUUCUCCCGCCGGCGUGCCCCCUUCCGUGCCCCCAAACAAGCCUGUCCCGUCGCCGUCUCCGGCUCCCGGUGGUUACUCGGGUCCUCCUGCGCCGUCGCAAUCGCCGAUGUCUCAGGGGUUUCCGCCUCAGUCGCCUUACAGCUCGGCACCGCCGCAGCAACCGGGCUAUCCGCCCGCUCCCCAAUACGGUUCUGAUCCUCGAUACGGCCAACCCCAAGGCUAUGGGCAAGCACAAGGCUAUGGACAACCCCAGGGCUACGGACAACCUCCAGGAUACGGACAACCCCAGGGUUACGGGCAGCCCCAGGGCUACGGACAGCCUCCCCAAUCCCCGAUACAGCCGCAGCCAUACGGAGCUCGGGGCGCGCCCUACCCUCCGCAACCUUCUUCCAAUGCUCCCCCGUACCCCCCGCAGAAUGCGCCCUACCCCGGUGGCCCCGUUCGUCCCCCGCAAGGCGGCCCUCCAGGCCCUGGAUACGGAGCCCCCGGCGGUGCGCCUCCCGCAGCUCCCGCCACCGAUCAGCAGAUUUCCGCCUAUCGCCAGCUCCUGAUCGCGACCAUCCGAGAGAAGAGCCUGGAGCACUUCUAUCCCCCCGACAAGCUGGACAGAGUCGUCCAGGGACUUGCCAGAGAUGCUCCUGCCAAGUGCAACAAGCUGAUGCACGAGUGGGGCGUUCCGAUGGAAGUCGCCACGGAUAUCAUCAAGCUGUCUCUGUUUGACGUCAUUCUUUAUGUGGAUGACAGCGGAUCCAUUGAAUUCGAGGAGAAGGGCGUGAGAAAGGAGCAGCUCCGACAGAUCAUCGGCAUCGUGGCGACGGCCGCGUCCACGUUCGACGAGGACGGCAUCUCCGUGCGAUUCAUGAACAACAUGGAGAAUGGCGACGGAAUUCGCAACGCGGACGACGUCAACAUGCUCGUCUCCCGCGUGCGCUUCGCCGGUCUCACCCCGCUGGGAACUGGUCUCAAGAACAAGGUCCUCGAUCCCAUGGUCGUGGGCCCUGCUCGGGCUGGCCGCUUGCAGAAGCCCGCCUUGGUGAUCACCAUCACGGACGGACAACCCGCCGGCGAGCCUCUCGACACCGUGGCCAACUCCAUCCGCUACGCCAUCUCCGAGGUCUCCCGUACGCCGUAUGGCCGUGGCGCCGUUUCCUUCCAGUUUUCGCAGGUCGGCAAUGACACCAAGGCUCGCGACUUCCUGGGCAGCCUGGACGAGGACCCGCAGAUCGGCAACUUGAUCGACUGCACCUCCAAUUUCGAGGUCGAGCAAGAUGAGAUGUCGCGUGCCAACCCGCCGAUCCAUCUGACGCGCGAACUCUGGUGCGCCAAAUUGAUGCUCGGUGCCAUCGAUUCCUCGUACGACACCAAGGACGAGAAGGCGGCUGGUCGCUCCGGCGGUGCAGUCGCUCCUCCUCCCUCCAGCGGACCUCCCCCCGGCCAGUACGGCGGCGGGUACAGCCCGGCACCCGGUCAGGGCCAGGGCCAGCCCGGAUUUUACAACCAGCCUCCUGCCGGCUACAACCAACCCGCCCCGUACAGUCCCGGCCCCGGAUACGGUCAACAGGCGCCCUACCCUCCUAGUCAGGGCCAGGGCCAGCCCCCGGCCGGCUACGGACAACCCUACGGUGGUUAUGGAUCCGGCUCUCCUGCUCCUGGCGGCUACGGAGCCCCUCCCACUGGUCCCCCCGCCGGUGCCCCUCGCGGAUACCCACCCCAGGGCUACGGACAGGGCCCUCCGCCUCCACCCCGGUACUAGGUUACCAGAAUUACCAGAGUGACGAUCUGAAGAUGGCCGGUGAUGACGAUGAUGCCUGACAUGUUUUUCUUUUUCUCAUACCAUAUUUUUCUUGCGCUUCGCUCUUUUUUUAAUGUUAUUCAGGCUGGGGUUCGGUCAGGACUGUAUGCAUUAUGACGUGAUUUGCUUGCUUUAAUGACACCCAAUCUUGUACCAAUGAGCCAACGGAGAAUGAAUUGACGGAGCGGGGUUAGAGGAUACCGUCCGGACUGGCUUUGCCGUUUCUGUAGUUCACGCUCAAUUAUCUGAUGACUUUCUUAGGG